GUUUCUUCCGCGGAAGGCUGGAAUUCCUUCGUCUCGCCUCCUCUGAGUACACCCUCGAUUCUGGUGCAAUUGACAUACAAGCGAAUAUCGUAUAAGAAGGUCCAACUGGGUUUGCGCAGUGUUCAUCUUGCUACAUUUCCCAGUGGAGUUACUAAAUCUUUGGCAUUGAAAUGAAAUCAUCUACUUCUGUCCUGUCCUUCCCUUUUGCAGUUGAGACUGCCACGACCAGCAUCCUAAUCGCAGCUUUUGCGCUGCUCAUCACAGGUGUUACCCCUAUUGCCGUCAUCUUGGGGGCAGCUGGGGCGACGUUAUUGUAUUUUGCCUCUGUGGUUCGCUCGGGGCCUCCCAAGGUUACUGGUUUUCCUAUCGUUGGCGCUGUCGAUUUCUUUACUCGUCGUUACGAUUUCUUAACAGAAAACCGCCGCAAGUAUGGUAACAUUUUCGAGUUUAACUUGCUGCAGCAUCGUGUCUUUGCCCUAGGCGGCGCCUCUGCGAGAGUACAAUACUUCUCAAACCAUACUCAGCUGAAUUUCACAGAAGGAUAUAAAGUCCUAUUCGGCGGUGUCCCCGUCGUUACCAAAGAGGCCGUUGGCACAGCUGAGGCCCCCGCCAAUAUGCCACAGUUCAACAAGCGAUUGCUGGCCCUCAUUGCCAAGAAAGAAAGGCUUGCAGAGGGUCUCCCGGUCAUGCUCAGCGACAUAUCGAAGGAAAUGGCGAAGUGGGGACGUGAGGGUGUGAUGGAUCCGUUUGUUGACGUAUACGGUCUCGUGUUCAAGUUAACCUGUCGGAUGUUGGGUUGCCGCGAGAUCGCUGAGGAUGAGGGGAAGAUUGCACACCUAACCAAAUUAUACUGGGAUAUGGAAGCAGGAUCCGGCGUCCUGCCAGUGCUCUUUCCCUGGUUUCCGUCCCAAGCAAAGAAGCGGCAUGAAGCCGCCAGCAUGGAGCUUUUUAAACUCGUGAUCGGAGUGAUCGAAACCAGGCGAGCACUUGGCACUAAGGAAAACGAUGCCGUGCAAUUUCUCAUGGACUCUGGUGAUUCCAACGUUGAUAUUGCGCAAUUUGUCAUGGGCAGCUUAUUCGCCGGAAUAAUCAAUACCGGCAUCAACUCUGCCUGGCUGCUUCUUCAAGUUGCUCAGAAACCUGUUUGGAGAGAACGUGUUCUAGGGGAACUCCGGGAUCUGGUUAUCCGCUACAACUACAACGGAGAUGAGACGGUCCAGAUAACUUCAUUGAAUGAGGAAUUGACUAAACUACCUUUGGAUUCAUGGGAGGACGGACUGCCAGUGCUCGAAAAAUGCUUGAGAGAAGUAGUGCGCAUGACUCUUACAGGUGCCACGUUGCGCAGGGUGAUGGCGAAAGGCUUCGUUGUCGACGGCUACGAGCUCCCCCUCGGCUCAUUUGUCACCUAUUCUCCAGGGGAUGCGCACUUUAAUCCACAAAAUUAUAGUCGCCCAUUCGACUUCGACCCUGAGCGGUAUGAUCCCCCUCGCUUGGAGGACAAGAAUGGUGAACCGUUUGCCUUUUUAGGCUGGGGAGCUGGUCGCCACCCGUGCCUUGGGAUGCGCUUCGCGAAGCUUGAAAUGAAGAUAAUCUGUGCUCUAGCGCUCGCAAACUACGAGUUUGCUGUAGCUGAUGCCAAUGGCAAAGUAUUGGUGGGUGCGGAAUUACCUGAGCCGAAUCGCAAUAACAUCCACACCCAGAGGCCCGCUAAGCCAGUCUACAUGCGGUACAAUAAGAUCUGAUAACCAUGAUGUUCCUGUUAAAGGCUGGCAAUGAUAUGAUCUAGCGACUUUUGAUUGUAAUACCCUUUUGAAAAUACUUUAAAGUAGUAAAUAAGCGC